AUGAUGGGUGAAGGACUCCUCAAGCGGGCUGAACCUCAUGCCCGCUCUGCCGCCUUGAUGACCCCAGCUAUGCGAGGGAAAGUCAAGAGUACCGUUAUGGAGGUGGACAAGCAUGUCCACACCUUGACUGAGAGCUUUGAGCCUUUUGCGCCCGAAGCUUGCCCAGGCGAUCGGUUACUGGACCACUAUGCGGACUGUCUCCGCUUUGACAAGCGUGAUCCUACCCAGGAUAGGUGCGCAUAUCUAGACAAGCUCAUCGUGAAAGCAAGGGCCGACCCAUUAACAGUACUGGCUGCAACUGAUGGCUCUGUCCCUCAGUCCAACCAGUAUCAGGUGGCUUCGGCUGCCAUCAUCUACAAGGGACAUCAUGGGCUCGAAAGGACUUGCUACGUCUCUGGCAGAGUCACCGCCCCUGAUGCGGAACUCAAUGCCAUCUUGUGUGCACGGUGCUUGAUGGCAGGCCGCUCGCUAUCUACAAACACGUACACUACGUGGCCUGGGUACUAA